AUGCCGGACGAAGUGCAGAUUCGGGCCCAUAAUCUCCGACCGGGCGAUGUCUAUCAAUUUGAUUUAUUUUUCAAACACCCAAACGGCACCCACUAUUCAUGGGCUCGAUUGAGAGCCUCAAGCGAUGGAGAUAUCGAUUUGGGCAGGGAUUGCCCAAUUCAAGGCACUUAUCACGAAGCCAAUUCUUCCGGUCUUUUUCAAUCAUGUCAUCCGGACGUUGAUGUGAAAGAAGGUGCUUAUGUACCGGCAACGCCGCCAUUUCCGUAUGACUACACUUUACGGCUCCUCGAUUCCGCACAGAAUAUCAUGCAAGAAAUAAGAUUGCGCAAGUUAUUCCAGCACCCAGACGUUGAAAGGAUGGAGGUGGAAAAUGAGCGCGUUGUGGGCACGCUCUUCUUGCCGCCUGCUGCGAAAAAGGGACGCCUACCCACUGUUAUCGAUAUAAUUGGAGGAAAUGGUGGAAUGAGGGAAAACAGGGGUGCGCUACUAGCAAGUCAGGGAUUUGCCGUCCUCUCAUUAGCCUAUCUAUCUUUCAAACACCUUCCAAAAUCGAUUAAUGAAGUCGAUGUUGAAUAUUUUCUGGGGGCUAUUGAUUGGCUUUCGGAGCAACCGUACUGCGGGAAAAUCGGAAUCCAGGGAAAUUCGUUCGGAGGUGCCAUCGUUCAUGCAGUCGCCAUUCGAGCUGAUAAAAUCAAAGCUGUUUGCAGCAUCAAUGGCGCUCAUUGCCUGGAUGUUUUCACCCAGAUGCGUGAAAACAAGAAGCCGAUCCCGGCUGGAAAAAUCGAUAUGGAAACGAACGCUUAUUACGUGGAUGGUUAUCUAACGCUUGAGCGGGCCAUUCGAAAUCUCGAAAUUAACCCUGAAGCCGACUUUGAUUAUUCGAAAGUGAAAAAGGAUGUUGGAUUCCGGAUGGUGGUGGGACGAGAUGAUCGGGUAUACGAUAGUUUAUUCUCGAGUGCAUAUUUAGAAAAACUAAUUAAGGCGCAAGGGCUUUAUGUUGAGCGGGAUAUCGUAUUCGGUGGCCAUCUUUUAGAACCGCCGCAUGUGCCAAAUUGCCCGAAUUUAUAUGCGAAAUACGCAAGCAUGAUUUUGACAUACGGUGGGGAUCAGUAUAUACAUGGUCGAAGUCAAUCGGAGGUUGGG